CCUUAAAAAAAAAAAAGCAAACGACGAAGGUUUGAAGGGAGCUAGGUAAUUAUACCGAGAAUGCCUCAGGUCGCAUACCGUCGAGUUACUUUUUUGUGCGAUGAACGAUAAAAUGAUAUUUGAAUAUCUAAAUUCGCCUUUACACUCAACGUACUCUGUGAACGCAGGAUCGCCAUUUGCUGUGCCAUCUAUGUGGAUAGUAAACAGUGCUGGGAUCACGUUGUUCAUCGCAGGCUGGUUUGGCCGUUGACCACCACCAUCCCCGCCCCUCCCACCGGGCAUUUUCAAAGAAACAGUCGUUUGAACAUGACACUUGGCGUAUGCAGCUUUCGUCACUUGCGGCUUCUGACCUUAACGGCUGAGCCUACUCCCCAUCUCUCCCCCUCCCGUGCGUCCUUCCCUCCAUCCCUCAUCAAAGGCUCCCAAGGUUCUCGCUAGGAUUUUAUAGUCCAAAAGGCGCACGAAUGAUGCAAGCCUACACCUAUAACCGAUGACAGAUAAAAGUGUGGUAAGCAGCGAGAGAUUAGCAUCGGCAGCGCGGCUUUGCCGGUGGCGACACAAGCGGGCUCAGCAGCAAGCAGCUGUUGUCGUCGCCCGUCAGACAGCGGGAGGGCAUAGGAGACAAGACACUACGAGCCUUCCUUCCGCGCGAGUGACCUUCGACCCCUGACCCCUUCUUCCUCAUCUUCCUCUCCUGACGACGAUCGCACACAGCAAGAAAGGUGUGAGCUCAAGUUGCGUCGCCAGCGUCUCGGUGCCGACGUGAUCUCGUGGAUUACAACUGACUUUAACGACUUGUGUGCGAUUGCAGUCAUCAGCAGGCAAUGAAUAGCGUUGGGGACAUGACACUAUGCGUGACAUGCUGUGCGUCAGAGCCUGGAUCAGGCUUCUGGGCCGCAAACACUCGUUUAAUGGAAUGAAGGAGGGAGGCGACGCCUCGCCACACGGCGAAGGAUGUGGUCCGUGUGAUCCUCCGGCAUCCGCCUGUAGCGAGUCGCCAGACAAUGCAUCACCGGAAAGGCGACCAGGCCCAGGUGCAACAUUGCUCUGGUCAUUUAUCACAAAAGGUUGCGUCGAACAGCUUGGUGAGGGAGGCCGCGCCAUGGUGCGCGGGGCGAGAUGACAAGCUGGCCACUUACAAAGACAGCAGUCAGGGGCCUGUUGCUGCUGGGUUAUCUUCUUCCCAGAGAUCAGAAGUUGCUCCUUCCAAUGACACAAACAACUUAUCUGUCCAGCCUCAGAUUCAGAAGUCUACAAGAGAUGUUGGCACAAUCACAGAUGUAUGCAAUGACGAGGACCCAGACGAGGUAGAGAUUUUCUGUCUUAUUAAAGAACAGAUCCCCAGGUACCGUCUACGGGCAGACUCUAUCAGUGAUUUUGGUGGCUACAGUCACCAAGAUUGGAUUCAAACGCCUAUCAUCAACCUAGACGAGGACCUUGACUUGACAGAUUUGCAAAUUGCAGAAUCCCUCAAAUAUUUCACUCGGACUGAGGAGGUCCUAUGUGCAGAGAGGGUGACACAGAUGACAAAAACCUACAAUGACAUUGAAGCUGUCACCCGUUUGUUGGAAGAGAAGGAGCGUGAUCUUGAGUUAGCUGCACGCAUCGGCCAGACCCUUUUGAGCAAGAACAAAGAACUCAAUGUCCGCUCUGAAGCUCUUGAGGAGCAACUUGUACAUGCUAAUGAUAAGGUAAAUCAGCUUAAACAUGACUUGUCUAUGAAAGAGGAACUUCUUCGCUUCUACUGCCAAGAUUUCCAGGAUGAAACCUCAUCUGACAGUAGCCCAGGGGAGCCCACUGGUCCCCUUGGUCUGGUUAACAUCGAACUGCUACAGAGGAAAGUAUCCACCUUGGAGGAAGAAAAUAUCACCCUGCGGCUUGAGAGUGCACAGCUGCGUACUGACACCGAAAAUUUUGAGGAUAAAGAAAAAAGGCUGGUGGAGGAUUGCUUGCAACAAUUAGGGGAGCUUAACCAGCAAGUAGAAACAUUUGCACAAGAACUGCGUUACAAGACAGAAGAAAGUUGUCGUCAGAAAGAAGAGGUCACAUGCCUUCUUGCUCAGGUGGCUGACUUGCACAAAAGAGUCAGACAGCUGACCAUCGAAAAUAUGGACCUGGCAGAAAAGCUUCAAGCAUCUCAGGAGUCCCAGAAGCAGCUUACAAAGGAGUUGAGCAUGCAGCAGGACAAGUACGAUGAGCUGUUUGAGAUGCUUGAAGAAGCGCAGGAUGAGUUGAGGGGUCACAGAAGCCGGGGAAAUCCUAAAGCCACAAGGCACUGCUACACUAGUUCAGCUCUCCAACCUGCCUCUGGGGCUGGUGCAGAUUCCCUUGCCUCUGAACUUCAAAAUUCGCUGCAGCAACAGGAGGAAGAAAAACAGACACGCAAGUCUCGUAGCUGGAAAGUUUUUGAAACAGCAAGAGCAGCACGUAAGGCAGCAUCCAAGUCUUCCAAAGAGAGCUCUGUCCGCAUGUCCACUUCAUCAACAUCAAGCACAAAGGACCCAACCUCCAAUGCUCCAUCUGACUCUGAGUCUUUAAUCAGUGAUGGUUAUAGUGCAGAUAUGGACAGCCUGUAUGGAUCUAACACCGAGCUAGGUCGACCUGGAAUUCCUGGUUCUAAUGACCUUGAGAGUGCUUUGAGACGCCUGGCCAUGAGAAGGGCUAAUGAGCUGAAUGAAAGGGACUUUGAGGCACAACUUAAACAGGGCUUUCAUGAAAGAGAAACAAGAAGUGAGGGUUUCAGUCCCUUCCAGCCCAGGACCCCUGACAGCUGGGCCUCCCCUGCCAGUGGGUAUUCAUACCUGGGCUACAGUAACAGUCAGUCUACUCCUCGCCAUUUCAAGUUUCCAGAGAAGCUGCAGAUUGUGAAGCCUCUGGAAGGCUCAGUUACUCUGCAGCACUGGCAGAGAUUAGCUCAGCCUCAUUUGGGUGGACUGUUUGAGCGAAGGGAAGGGGUACAGGUUAGAGGAGAACGCAAGCUGGAUCUGGAAGGAGAAGUGUACACAUUGAGUGACUUUGAGGAGGAUGAUUCUCCACUGUGUCCAAGCCGAAGAGCUGAUGACAGCUCUAUGAUAUACACCUUUACUAACUCCAUAGUCAGUCAUCCAGGAGAGCUUCACCUUCCACACAGUGCCUCAGGUAGUUCUUUUCCUUCGUUGGGUACAUCCACACCAACUGGCCCUAGCGCUAAAGGACAGAGCCGUGCAGGCACAGGCUACAGCAUGCCCUUGGGACUAGCAGCUAUAUUGGAAAGCCGAGAAGGAGCAGCCACUAGGUCUCUGCUUCAUCCUGUGGCUUCUCGCACAUCGCUACAAGAAACAUCCACGCUCAGCCCCACCCCUACUACCUCUGCGAACAUCACCAAGACAACUUCAUCAACUUCUCUGAUUGAAGCUGGAGCAACUGCUGGUGAGGGGUUAACAUCUAGCACAAGUUCAGGACUUUUUGGCAAGCUUAUGAGCACAGGUUAUUCUCUUCUGUGGAACAAGACCAGUCCAACAGUGAGCCCCAUCUCAGGUGAUACUUCAAGUUUACCUCCUACUUCUGGGGAGGCCAAACCUCAAUCCAAAAUCUCCAGCAGUUCUGUGCUGACUGGAGGCGGUCCCACUGGGGUUCUUGGUGCUAUAGCAUCAUUUCGUAAGAAUGGUAUUUUGUAACCUGUGUUGAGACAGAUAACAGUGGUGUGCAGAUGAUGAAUGUAAAAAAAAAACUUGUGGUCAUUAGAAAAAUGGAAGAAAGUUAACCAGGGUGCUGGUCAGGGUGUGGGUGAGGUCAGGAAAUUCAGCUCUUCCAUUCUCUGUUAGGAGAUUUUGGGGAAAAUUUGGGCCUGAGGGAUGUGUGAAGAUAGUUUGAGCACAAUGGAUGCUAAUUUAGGUGGGUGAGUUACAGAAAGUCAUAAAGGACUGUGCAUUGAGUACAGCCUCAGCUGUGCCUUUUGUGAGAAAUAAGUGAAUUUUUUGAAAGAUGCAGUGCUGUUCACACUGCAGGGAAUAGAUUUUGUCUAUGUGUGCAUCAGCGUGCAUGUGCAUAUAUGCAUAAAAAGAGAACUACCAACAGUGUUUCCUCUCAUUUUGAUUUGGUUUUACACCAUGCCAGCAACUGAGGCUAUAUCAUGGUGAUCAUUUCAUUUUGAGAAGCUGGCCCUAUCAAAUGAGGGAUGUGUUGUGAAAUCAUUUGUAAAUUGUCAUAGGAGUGCCAAAUGUCUUUCAUUUAUUUGUUUUUCUCUUCAUUUUUUUCCUUUUGCUUGUGUAUAAAGCGAUCGUUGUUGGGAGACUGUACAGACAUCUCCACAUCAUACACCCCACAGGCAUGCAGCUAGUGUACUGGCAGUUGUAAAUUUGUGUAUGUCAAACUUGUAUAGCUGUGUAAAUAUGUAUAAAUGUACUAGCUCUGUAAAUAAGUAUGUCUAAGUUUUAUAGCUGUGUAAAUGGAAAUUUUACUCAUAAAAUCUUGUCAAUCUGAAACAGGAAACAACUGCUAACUCUAGUUUGCAUUGUUAAUGAUUUGAAGUAAUGUAAUCAGAAAGUUAUUGUAGCUUUGACAUAUCCAGACCUUUGAAAUAUAUUUUUUAUUGCUGCAAGAUGCCUAGUAAGUGGGUAGUGAUGACAUGAGAUUGCAUGGGUUAGGGGGGAGAAUCCUGUAUUAACCUGUUGGUAACCUCUGUGGUCUUCCAUCUUUUUCUUACUUGCAUACCAUUUGUGAACUUGAAUGUUGUUGAAAAUUCUGACUGGGGAUGCUGAUUGACAGUGAAAGUUGUCAAUCAGGAAUUAGAAAAUGGGAAGCAUGUUUUAACUGCAUCAGAUAGUUUUAACGACAAGAAUUUGUUUAGGUGUUCACCCUUGUGUAGUACAGUGUAAUAUAGAACACAUUAAUGAAAGAAGAUAAUUUUUGGGGACCUCAUUUAAGGGCAUGGACUUUCCUCCAUUUUUGUAUAUAUAUAUACAAAUAUUCCUUGACAAUCUUGUGACUAUCUUUACACCCAUUCUUUUGUUUUGGUUUUUUAGUGCUUUUUGAGAAUACAUCGGCUGAAAGUUGGGAAGCUGCUUUUACUGGCUACUUCCUUCCUGCUGAUGCAUUGUUAAACUUUCGAGAGUACCAAAACAAAAUUCUGGGGUAGUCUUACUGCAGUUUGGUUUCUGGAUUGGUGAAAAGUGCAGAUGGUCUAAUUUCUAUCAAAGCAUCAACAUUAGCUUAUUGAAUGACUUAUUUGUGAAAGUCACGUUAUCUGGAAGCUUGCAUCUUAAUCAUUAACAGUCCAGCUUAGAGCUGAAGAAAGUAGCUUAUAAAUGUUUUGUCUUAAUUGUAUAUAAACUUUUUCUGCCUAGAAUAGCAUUCCUUAGCUUUAAAAAAACAGUCUCAAACCUGUAGCUUCUGUGAAGCUACCGUAAUUGUGAGGGAAUUAAUACUUUUUUUUAAAAUAAGAUGGACUUACAUAAAUUAUUUGAAGUACUUGUAUAUUUGUGAAAAGUAAAUUAACAGAACAGGCAGGACUGCACUGUCACAUUUCUUCCUUGCUAAUAUUCCUCAUAGCUUUUGUUUUACAUUGUUUUAACUGCUUAAAGAACAUAAAGGGAGAAUUAUUGAUUAAUGAUAAACAAUGGCUGUAAAAAAGUUCACCUUCCUGUGAUUGUAUUGAAGGUGUGUUAUUGCUUUGAUGUUUUUUUAACGUUCCAAUUAUGGCUGUGUAGAUGUAAUUAUUAUUUACAGAACUUAAUUGUGUAAUUAUGACCAAAUUUACCAAGCAGCAGCUGCAUUUGAGGACAAAAGUGCAAAUGUAAGCAUGCAUGGAUGCACAUUGUGUAUAUGCCAUUAGAAAAUAAAGGAACAAUAAUAAACAAGGCAAAAAAAAAAAAAGAGAUUUAGAAUACUUGAGCAACAGAAAUUUUCUUAUCAUAUAUGCAUUGUGCUGUUUUUCAGCUGAAUCGUGUUUUAUUUAUAGCACUAAUGUUCUUACAGAGAUAGCAUCAUUGGGUGAGGUUCAUGUUCAUUCCUGUCCUUAAGAGCAACACAUAUCCAUGAAAUACAUGAUCUUUCUUGAACAGGAAAAUAAAGAAAUGAAUAGCAUAA